UGGUGGCUUAGAGUAGAGCUAGAAAUAAAAGACAUCAUUGGGCUAUCAGGAACUGAUCGAAAACACACAACACUCAGUGCAGCUAAGGAUAAGCAGGGUCCGAGAGGCUACACUAAUUACAAGUGGUUACUCAAACUAGAAAAAGCCCGCCAUCGCGGCCAACGGUGUACAAAACAAUGACUUCAAGUUUUGUCACGCCAGAAAAUACUUGGAACAGAAGUGACCAGCACUCCAGAUAUCUGUCUCGAACAUACGAUUAUAUGAUGUAAGCGGGUUGGCUGUCUACGAAUAGUAUUUACCUUGAGCAAGUUGGCCUACCGUAUGCUUACAAUCCAAGGGCUUAUUCGCUGUUUAACACCGAGCGUUACCUUUUCCACUUGUUCUGUAGAAGUUACGGGGAUUUUUAUUGCGGGUUUUGACGUUUUUCAGGGAUGAAGGGCAUCAAAGCAAGAAUUACCGCCGCUAUGUUGAUGUUCCUUUACCUUGCUUUACAUAAUGCCGUAGCAAGUGGCCAAACGUUUGUACUGUUUUCCAAUAAAACACAUAUCAAUAGACUUGAACCGAACUCAGCACUUCCUAUUCCUGUUAUAUACAAUCUAAUGCAUGCCAUUGCCUUAGACGUGGAUGUUGCAGAGGGGCACGUUUAUUGGACUGACGUUAAAGAGAAAACCAUAAAACGUGCGAAUAUCGAUGGAAGUAAGAUAACUGACGUCAUAACGUCUAACAUCGGUAUAUGUGACGGGAUAGCUGUUGAAUGGGUGACAAGAAGAUUAUAUUGGACAGAUACAACUUACGACUUCAUCCAAGUAGCAAACCUUGACGGGAGUAAUAGACAAACUAUUAUCGACAGUGGUUUGGACCAACCCAGGGGAAUAGCAGUCUAUCCACAGGCAAAUAUGAUGUUCUGGACUGACUGGGGAGCCAAUCCAAAGAUAGAAAGAGCGUCCCUUGAUGGACAAUCAAGAAUAGCCUUAAUAACUGUCAACAUAAUAUAUCCUAAUGAAAUAACUAUAGAUUACUCAACUAAUCAAAUCUAUUGGGCUGAUGGUAAAUUUGGCUGGCUGCAAACCGCUGACCUUGACGGUAAAUCCAGAGACACUAUCUAUGUACAAGAAGAACCCAACGUCUUAGAACCUUUUGGUGUUUCAAUACUGGGAGAUACUAUUUACUGGACGGACUGGAUGUCAAAGGGAAUUCACAAAAUUAAUAAAAAGACCAAGAAACUGGAAGGAAAUAUUUAUAAUGUGGGUUUAGAGCCCGUGGGUGUGACGGUCUACGAUUCGUCCCGACAACUUCCAGGCAUCAACUAUUGCACGAACAAUAACGAUGGCUGUAGCUAUCUAUGCUUUUCCAGCUCAAAAGGACACCGUUGCGCAUGCCCAACAGGACGACAGCUGACCAGUGAUGACAAAACAUGUACUGAUGAAGUACCAAGCUCUUUCAUGUUAGUAACAGAUGCUGAUGCCCCAGCAGUAUACAAGAUUUACACUCAUCUUCCUAACCACAAUAGGAUGAUUGUGUCGGUCAAUGAAACAACGGACAUCACCUAUGAACCAUUUGAUCAAAGACUGUAUUGGAUUGAUGGAUCCCAAAGAAAUAUUCGACGAGUGUUUCUCAAUAUGAGCGGAGAAGAGGUUUUUGCAAGCUAUUCUGUCAGACCAGAAAGUCUAGCAAUUGAUUGGUUGGGAAGACAUCUGUACUGGACGGACGCAGGAACGCGUAGGAUCGAGGCCGCGCAACUAAACACGAGAAUGCAGACUCCUGUGAUUAUGCAAGGACUAGAGAAGCCGCGUGGUCUUGUUCUUGAUCCUCCUAAUGGACACAUGUAUUGGACUGACUGGGGAAGAAAACCAAAGAUAGAAAAAGCCAACAUGGAUGGAACGAGUCGAUUUACUCUAGUUGAAGAUGGUCUUCAUUGGCCUAAUGGGUUAACCAUUGAUUACCACGGCAGUAGAAUCUACUGGGCAGAUGCCUUUCACGAUAAAAUAGAAUCAUGUGACCUCUUUGGAGCCAAUCGACGAAUUGAAUUUCAAAGUCAAAACAUUCAUCCUUUCAGCUUAGCAUUCUCUGAUGGUUAUGUGUAUUGGUCUGAUGUGAGAAGUCAGAGUGUCCAAAAGCUCAAUACUACUACUGGGGUAUCUGUACCGUAUGUAAAACACUUAAGUCGACCAUAUGGGGUUUUUGUGUACGAUCCAGCAUCAUAUACGAAAGUGGCAACGUUAUGCGACAAUAUAAACGCAGGCUGCAGUCAUAUGUGUCUCAUUCGACAUAAUGGAUACACGUGUGCUUGUCCCUCAGGAUAUAAGCUACACUCUGAUCGUAAGACAUGCAAAAGAGCUCGAGAGUUUCUUCUUAUAACUGAUGCAAGUGCUCCAAGCCUUAAUAUUUUGCCGCUUGAUGGAUCAGAUUCUUCGUGGACUCCAGUUUCUGUCUUACCAGCAACUAGUACUCCAUCAGAUUUCGACUAUGAUCCUAUUCGUGAUACCCUGUUCUGGACGGACCUGAAUACGGGAACCGUCAAUUCCUACAACCUAGCAAAUGAGGAAUUUAAGUUUCUUCAUCGAUGUAAUGUCGAGAAACCUCUGGGGAUUGCUGUGGACUGGAUCAAUAAUAACAUUUAUUGGACAGAUUCAGAAAAGGGAAGAAUUGAAGUCAGUCGCCCUGACGGCUCCAUGAGGAAAGUUUUGGUGCAGAUAACAAAUGUAACAGGGAUUGUGCUUAACCUUGAACAAGGGAAGAUGUUUGUGAGUGCAUGUGGGAUAUUACCAAAAAUAGAAGUUCUACAGAUGGAUGGUACGUCCCGCAUGAUUGUCGUCAAUAGAGGAAUAGUCUGUCCUACAAGUCUGACCUUGGACCAUCAUUUAAGGCGUAUCUAUUGGCUUGACGCGACGAGAGGCGUUGUAGAAAGUGUAUACUUUAACGGCGCCAAUCGUGAAGUGUUUUACUUCGAGCACGGAGUGUAUCCACAAGGGUUUACACUUGAUAUGCCCUAUGCGUUCUUAACUGACCAACAUAGAGGGAACGUCUACAAGAUUAAUAUACAUAAUAAUUUCAAUGCGACCAUGGUAACAGGAAUGAAGAAACCAACCACCAUUCGCUAUUUUAAUACGACAUCGUUAACAAAUGUUUUCACCCCGUGCUCGUCAAACAAUAGUGGAUGUAGUGAUCUGUGCCUGUACAGUGCUGCUAAUGUCUUCAAGUGCGCAUGUGCAGAAGGAAAGAUUCUUAUGACCAAUAAAAAGUCAUGUGACUAUGGUUCUCGACGGACUAAUGGAGAAAGCAAAAGAACCCUUCUUAUCGCUGAUAUGGAUUAUCAAGAUAUAUUUGAAGUAGCGCUAGAUACCAGUGGCUUAUCAUGCGAUUCAAUCUACGACUCUCAAGUAUCAAAAUCUACGAUGCAUCGAGCAACGAAGGCCACACCAGCCUCUAUUACUUACAAUCCUAGCGAUCAGCUUCUUUACUGGACUGAUGUUGAACAGAGAGCUGUGAUGCGGGGAUCGAAAGAUGGACUUUUUAGUGAAAUUAUUGUUAAAAGCGGACUGGAGUACCCGGACGGUAUCGAUGUUGAUUAUAUAUCAGAAAACGUCUACUGGACUGACUCUGUGAACAAGAAGAUUGAAGUAUCGAAACUUGAUGGUUCUAACAGAAAGUUGUUGAUUAGUUGGUCCUUAAAAACGCCUGGAUCAAUUGUUGUUGAUCCUAUUGAAGGGAAUAUGUACUGGACAGUUUAUAGUUCUACAGCAAAAAUAGAAACCUCUCACAUGGAUGGCAGCAAUAGAAAGAUCCUUAUAGGAACCAACAUAAAAAGAGUUACAGGCUUGGCUAUAGAUUUUAAGUUCAGAAAGCUGUACUGGGUAGAUGGAGGGGCAGGUAAAAUUGAGUGUAUUUCACUGAGUGGACAAAACAGACUUAUUGUUUAUGAUACAUUACAAGAACGAGCCAAAAGAGCACCUUUUGGAUUGGCGUUUAAUAGGGGAAAGCUUUAUUGGGCUGACGUACUAACACGGUCAGUAUAUCAGCUAGAGAUAGCUAUUGGUACUACUCCUAAAGCCAUAAUUACUGGACUCUCUCGACCAGUCGAUGUUAGAGUAGUUGGUCCAAUGGAUAUAGAUAUCGACACCAACCAGUGUAGCGUUCGAAAUGGAGACUGCAGUAAUCUCUGUCUACCUUUACCAGCUCCCCCAGGACGCAAAUGCGCAUGUCCAGAUGGUGUUGCGCUUGAAGAUGAAGAUCCUACUACUUGUGUCGGAGUUAACAGAUGUUCGAAAAUCACACAACUUCUCAAUGGAAAGGUUGGUCUCGGCUGUAGAAACAUUCCAGGAGGUGUUUGUAAUGUGUCAUGUGACAAAGGGUAUAAACUUGUGGGAGAGCCAAUUAUGCGUUGUCUAGACAAUGGUUCAUGGACAGCGAGGUUACCCAGCUGUAAAGUUAUCACGUGCUUCCCACCUCUUAAGCCUAAAUAUGGAUUCUUCGAUUUGGAUGUUUGCAAUGACGGGUUUAAACCAGUCCAGUACGGCGUCACGUGUCAAUAUCGCUGUAACACAUCCUAUGGCUUUAUCCAAGAAGGCCCUGAAUCAACUACCUGCCAAUCAAACGGAUUGUGGACUAUGAGUAUUGUUCCCGCAUCUUGUAAAGAUAACCUUCCCCCAUUUUUAAAGAACUGUCCAGAUAACAUGGUGACAAAGACGGAUCCAGGGCUGCCAACAUCGUUAGUCCAUUGGAAAGUUCCAGUCCCUGAGGAUAAUGUAGAUAUGAAGCCAAGACUUGUAGUAAAUCCAAGCGGUAUACGCCCACCCCAUAGGUUCCCUGCUGGCAAGACCUAUGUGGUAUAUACGGCAAUAGAUAACAGUGGACUCAGAAGAUCGUGCAGCUUUUCUGUUGAAGUACGAGACGAAGAAGCUCCAAAAGUGAUCGAAUGCCAGAAGAACUUUACCUUCAUGAAAAGAAACAAAAUCAGUCGCGUUUUUUACCCUGGCAUUAAAUUUGCUGAUAAUGUUGGUGUGACUAAAGUAGACUUUAGUAAUGGUAGUAACGUGGCCUGGGGAAACCACCAAGUGACUGUUCGAGCUUAUGACGCAGCUGAAAAUACGGCAGAUUGUAAAAUCAACGUUUUAGUAUAUUCUGACAAAUGUAAAAUACACAUGCCACUCAACGGCUUCAAGUCCUGUCAAUUCUGGAGGAAUGGCGGCAUCUAUUGCAGCAUUGGGUGUAAAAAUGGAUACUCGUUUACCCAGGAACUCCAACAGCAUUAUUUCUGUGCUCCUGCUGAACGGCGAUGGGUAAACCUCAGGUCAUUCGCAGAUGGAGUUGCUCGUUUUCCUGAUUGUUCAAGAAUCGUUGGAUUUACCGAACUGUCUAUUAUGGGCCACCUUAGUUAUAAAACAGAAAAAUGUCUUGAACCAGCUAUUCUCCAAGGCAUCGAAAAUAAGAUCUCUCAACUCCUGAAGAAGUAUAUGACAUCAUCUCUGAGUGCUUGUGUGAAGAGAGGCAGUUGUAUGGUUGCCAGUAUUAAGAUAUUGUGUAACUCAAAAAGAGCCAAAAGAGAAACAUUUAAACAUGAUUUGACUGUAAAUUUUGGCAUCCGCGUUUAUUUAACGAAAGAGGCAUCAACUGAAGAUAUAAAUGCAACUCGAAAUGAGAUUAAGGCUCUCAUAAAACACGGUAUAAAUGUUAGUAGUUUGUCCAUGAUUAUUGGCAGCUAUCAUUUACGACUGGAUACAGAACAAGGUCUUGUCAUCGAUAACAUCAAAGGGAUAUGUGGUGAAGGACAAGUUUACUGGAAUGAAAAAUGCGUGAACUGCCCAGUUGGUUAUUAUCAUAAUGUUAGUCAAGAUAACUGCGAAAUGUGUCCUGUCGACUCUUACCAAGACAAAGAAGGACAAGUUGAUUGCAUGAAGUGUAAAGAAGGACUAUCAACUCUUGGCCUUCAAAGUGCGCGCACCAUCAACCAAUGCAGAGAAUGUGUAGAUAUCCCGGAUAAUGGAGUUGAUCAGUGCGAACAAUGGAAAGAAAAAGGCGAAUGUGAUAAUGAUCGGCCAACGAUGUUUAGAUUGUGCCCAAUGUCAUGUGGAUUCUGCUCAACUACGAUAGUCCAAUCCAAUCCAAAAUUAAGCAAGAAACAAAGAGGAGUCAAUCUGAAAGCAGUCAUUCCUGCUCUAGUUGUUCCUACUGUCAUCGUGGUGUCUGUUGUGCUUUUAGUCGUCAUUUUAUUAAGGAGAAAACAAAGAAGACGAAGCAAUAAAUGCACACUUGCACUGGAUAUGAUGCUUAAGCGAAAAGCUGCAAUUGACCAACCUCGCGGUGAAAGCUAUAAAUAUGGUGCUCCAGUGCAGCGAUUGAAGGUGAGAUUUGAAGAUAAAAAGAACAAAAACAAAAAGACGAAUUCAACCAACAACACCCUGAAUCCCGUUAAGAAACCAUCAAUAAGGAAAGAUAAGAAAAUCGAUGAUGAAGAUAUGUACGUGAAAAUUCCACUGAAAAAAACAAAGGACAAAAAAGACAAAAAAAGGAAAAAGAAAAACGAUAAAAAUUCAUCAUCGGAGGAGAUAAGUGAACAGGUCUCUACGUCCUUGGAACUGCAGGAGAUUAAUGCCCAGAUGGACGCUACUCAAGUGUAGAUGGAUAAAAGUGACGGCUGAAUACUUUUUCUGCCCUGACAGAUCUAGAGAGAGAACAAAGAUGAAGUUAAUUAGCGCGCACAACCAGUAGUGACAUGGUCAGCAGAACUUGACCGAUGAAGCACCUUUGAUAUUUGUUCAGCUUAUCCAAUGGAUUAUAUCAAUGUUUCCACGGAUAUUUAGAAAUAACAAAUCCUGCAAAUUUUGACAGUAAGCCUAUUUUGCAAAUCUACGGACUUGUUAUUAGUCAUUGGAUUCCACCAUUACAAUCACUGAUUAUGAAUGUUUAGAUUGAUCUCAACUCUAUCGUUAUUUUAAGCCCUUGACAUAGAUUAUUUAGUCAUAUCUUCAAACCAAUAUAAUCAUAAACAUGUUAAGAUGACAAUUCGUAUUAAGGAUAGUGAAAUAAGAUGGCUAGUAUUGAGUCAUUUCAUGAUAUUAUUUAUCAAUGAUAUUUAACUUAUUGUAAAUACAUAAAGUGAUCAAGAAUAAACUAAAUAUGUAACUACUCCAUG